UUUCAUCAUAUUACUGAUUUCGUUCCUUAUUAUGGUCUUCACUGAUGCAAGUAACCACCUUCCAAAUACCUUGAUAAUAUUAGUAUAACUAGGUAGUUCGUGCAAGCAGAUCUAUCUUUUUGAUCUUGUCAUCAUCGUGGGAAUGGUCUCAUGUCAACGACAAUUAUUUUACAAUUUUAUAGAAGAUGAAGUCAACAACACUUUGUGUAGUAUCAUAUUAUACGUGCGAGUCAUGACUAAACUAAUUACCAACCGACGUGCAGCCCAUCCUGCUCCGCAUUUAAAACCAAUCUGUUUUAGCCUUUUGCCCAUAUUGUUUUUUCCAAAUAAGGAUUAAAAAUAAUAAAAAAAAUGGAGACUCUAGUUCUCGGCUUCAGGGACGAUAGCAGCUUCAGAGACGAUAGUAGUCAAGAGGAUUGGCAUGACUUUGAGGUUCUUGGUCGUGGAGACGAGCCCAAGAUUCUUAUCAAGAAGACAAGUAUGCUGUCCGAUUCAGAGAGGCGGAUCUCCGUUGACCCGAAAUCGCUUUUGUCGAGGAACGAGAGCUUCGACAUGAUAACCUCGCGGCCGAGAGAUCAUCAAACAAAGACGAAGUUUAUAAGCUGCAGCCUCCCGAACUCAGCAUCCACGUCACCUAGACAAAGUUGGAAGAACAGAACCACGGAGCAAGUUCUUGACCUAAUGCUCGUUCAAAACGCUGCCGUUUCGUUCGGAAGAAGCAAAUCUUGCGGGGAAGGACGUGCAUGCACGCCAUCCCUAGAUUUCGACAUGUUACUACGCAAAUCAAGAACUGGACAUCAUCAUUAUAAUCAUAACCAUCAGCAACACCAUGAUGAUGAUAACGGCUUCUCUUCCUCUAACAACACCAAGAGUCUCUCUAACAAGAGUAGCGGAAACAACUCUUUCUUCUCGAAGACAGAAUCUAACAAAAGCAAUACCAACACGGCCAACUCCAAAAGCAUCAAUACCUUCGAAGACGGAUUCAAAUGCAGCGCGUUGUGUCUAUACCUACCCGGUUUUGGUAAAGGUAAACCGGUUAGGUCAUCAUCUCGAAAAGGUGAUUCCUCAAUCACUAGAACCACGACGAUGACUUCUACUCAGUCCAUGGCAAGAACCGUGUCUAUGAGAGACACCACGGUGAUCUCCGCCCGAGCCUCGUUAGAGAAGUUUGACUGCGGCUCGUGGACAUCCUCGGCUAUGAUUCACGAUGACAAUGUUGAUCUCGGUGGUCAUUUCUUUGACUUGCCUUCUGAACUGAUCAAAGGCGGUCCUGGCGGAAACGAUCAGGAUGAUCCUGUUUCAGCGGCUUUCGUGUUCCACAAGGAACCUAGUUUGGAGAAAGAGAUCAAAGGGGUUCUGAAGACUUCUGGUUCGAAAUCAAGAAGGUCUAUGGAGUCGCCACUUCAUGUUCGGUUCUCAACUUCGUCGCCGGUUUCUUACCCGACGUCUCCGAAUCAUUCAAUCACGCCACGGUUGUUACAAGCCACUGAAGAUUUUACUAGUUUCUUGGAAGCACAAACCGUGUGAAUAAUAAAUAUGACAGAUUAACUUUUCUUCUUUUUUUUUUCUUUUAAUUUUAUUUCUUAUUGAUUAAUCGAAUGAAGUUAACUACAUUUUUAACCUUCU